AUAAGGAUUUAAAAGAGACCCAUCAUUUGAAACCAAACACUCCAACAGAACACAUUUUGAAAAAAAAAACCCUCAUUAAUGGAGAUCCAUUAUAAUGUUUGUGUUACAGGAGGUUCCGGAUACAUAGGUUCUUGGCUUGUUAAGAAGCUAUUGGAAAAAGGCCACACUGUCCAUGCUACACUAAGGAACUUAGAGGACACAGCUAAGGUAGGGCUUCUAAAGUCCCUCCCCAAUGCAGACACAAGAUUGUUGUUAUUCCAAGCUGACUUACACAAACCUGAUGAGUUUGAAAAGGCAAUUAGAGGCUGCCAAUUUGUUUUCCAUGUGGCUACCCCUAUGCUAGACGUCACCCAGAGAUCUCAGUACAAGGAUAGUGUUGAAUCAGUUGAUGUUUCUGGGGUGAGAAGCAUAGCUGAUUCUUGCAUCAAAUUGCAGACGGUGAAGCGACUCAUCUACACUGCUUCUGUAACAGCUUCAUCACCACUCAAAGAAGAUGGGUCUGGUUUUGGAUCUUCCAUGAACGAAUCUUGUUGGACUCCUCUUAACCUUUUAUCCACUUCCGGAAAUGAUUUUAUGACGGGAUAUGCUAAAUCAAAGACAGAAGCAGAGAAAGAGGUUUUGAGCUAUAAUGAGAUUGAAAAUGGUAGUAGAUUGGAAAUUGUAACCCUGGCUUGUGGUCUAGUGGCAGGAGAUACACUUCUUUCGUACAUACCAUUUAGCAUAAACGCUACCAUCUCACAGCUAACAGGCAAUCACUUUUUUAAACAAUUCCUAAGAGUAUUGCAAGAAUUUGCAGGUUCAAUUCCUCUACUACACAUUGACGAUGUUUGUGAAGCACAUAUUUUUUGUAUGGAGAGACCAUCACUUAGAGGCAGAUUCAUAUGCGUCGCAACCGAUCCAACCAUCCAAGAGAUCACAAAUUACUACCAACAAAACUAUCCCGAAUUCAAGAUAUCACAAGAGUCCAUGGGUGGACCGGAAAGAGGAAGCAGAUGUGAUUUUACAAAGCUUGUGAAAGAAGGGUUUGAAUACAAAUAUGAUAUGAAGAAGAUAUUGGAUGACAGUGUGGAAUGUGGAAGGCGACUUGGUGUCUUAGAGCCCUCAGCCUCUACUGAAAAUCAAUUGGUCACCUCAGCUUGAAGCUUUAGUGGCAUUUAUGAAAUUUAAGCUUUGUUAAUAUGUUUGGUCACUGUCUAUUAGAGUACUCUUAAAAAUACUACUAUUUGCACCAAAUUUACAACCACAUUAUGCAUAAAACCGGAACCAAAUCAAAUGGUUGUAAAUGCUUCGGCUGAAAUACUCGGUUCAAAAUAUGAUCUUUGCUUUCUAAUCUAUGCCUAAAAGUUUAAAUUUUGUA